GAGCCGCGGUGCCCGGCUCCCGGGGGACCGUCUUCCUGUGACGCCGGGGGGUCGGGCUUGGAUCCGCGGAGUCCAGCCCCGGGAGGGAGGCGAGCGCGAGGCGCCCUUGCGUUUGGUGCAGGCUUCGCUCCUGCUUCGCCUCAGCCCCCGCGCCCUGCACUGGCUGGGGCUUGUGUCUAUCUUGUUGACUGUCGCAUCCCCCGUGCCCAGCACGUGGCGGGGACCCCAUCACGGUGACAGGUACAUUGUUUUUCUGAAAAGAAUUGACCAUGUGUGCAUGAAAGGAAGCUCUCAGUGCAGACUGCUCUCUGUGGGACCUGUGAAGACGAUACAAUAGUGUUCAAUUCUGUAGGGAUCUUCUCUGGAUCAAGUUAUGGUGAAAAAUGUUUCGGAAAGGCAAAAAACGGCACAGUAGUAGCAGUUCCCAAAGUAGUGAAAUCAGUACUAAGAGCAAGUCUGUAGAUUCCAGCCUUGGGGGUCUUUCACGAUCCAGCACAGUGGCCAGCCUUGACACAGAUUCCACCAAAAGCUCGGGACAAAGCAACAAUAAUUCAGAUACCUGUGCAGAAUUUCGAAUAAAAUAUGUUGGUGCCAUUGAGAAACUGAAACUCGCUGAGGGAAAAAGUCUUGAAGGGCCACUUGACCUCAUAAAUUACAUAGAUGUUGCCCAGCAAGAUGGAAAGUUGCCUUUUGUUCCUCUGGAGGAAGAAUUUAUUAUGGGAGUUUCCAAGUAUGGUAUAAAAGUAUCAACAUCAGAUCAGUAUGAUGUUUUACAUAGGCAUGCUCUAUAUUUAAUCAUCCGGAUGGUAUGCUAUGAUGAUGGCCUUGGGGCAGGAAAAAGCUUACUGGCUUUGAAGACCACAGAUGCAAACAAUGAAGAAUACAGCCUGUGGGUUUACCAAUGCAACAGCCUGGAACAAGCACAAGCCAUUUGCAAAGUUUUAUCCACCGCUUUUGACUCUGUAUUAACGUCUGAGAAAUCUUGAAUCCUGCAAUCAAGUGGAAGUCAACUUCAUCUGAAAGUUCAGCUGUUUUCUAAGUAGUUGUUUUCAGUCUGCAGUGUUGCAUGGAACUAUGAAGUAAUCUCUUGCUCUAGAUUUUCUGAAGAAAAUGCAAUGUAUAAAAUAUUGAUCAUUUGUUUUUAUAUUAAAGUGUGUUAAACAGUGACAAUUAUUAAUGAAGUUAUUUUCUGGGAUAAAAAGGAAACCUAAGUCAUUUCUAAAUGCAAAUAAGCUUAACACCUGAGUGUCACAGAAGUCCAUUCAGUGAAUAAUAACAACAUUGAGGACCUGUCUGAGGAAGACUACUGAAAUCUCUUCUCUAGCAGCUUCCCACUUGGGGCUGUGGGCAAGCAGAGGUUUGGACUGCGGACCCAGGUUCACGCUGGUUUGGAACAGGGACGUUGCCAACUUAAGACAAAGUAAAUUUGCCAGAGCGUGUUUUCAAAAUAACAUGCUAGUAAACUACGUUUAUCUCAGAGUGAAGAGAACCUUAAAAGAGUACUGCUUAUGCUAAAAGUAACUAGUACUUAAAGAAUAUCAUGCAAGUAUGCUAGUGUACUUAAAA